AUGACCGACGAGGCACUGCCCGACCAAGAGAUCGCCAUCCCCGACCGCGCCGGUACGCGUCAGCUCAUCAAGUGCCGACCUAUUCCACGCAAAGGGCAUAGAAAGUCGAGGGCUGGCUGCUUCACCUGCAAGCGACGAAAGGUCAAGUGCAACGAGGCCAUUCCUGAAUGCGGUCAGUGCAGGCGCCUAGAGCUGGACUGCCAAUAUGAAAGCACUCCGAGAUCACAACCGCGCGAAGCAGAUUGGACUUUAGGCCGGCCGCUUAGUGCAACACCGUCAACUUUCCAAAUGCAGGACCUCAGGUUCUUCCAGCAUUUUCUGCUCACGGCAUACCCCACGCUGCCCCCUCAGGGGGAUGAGACGUGGCAAGGAGUUGGGCAGAUGUCACAUCAGUAUGACUUCCUAGUCCAUGCGAUGCUUGGGCUUGGUGCCUCUCAUCUGGGGAUGCUAGAUGAGCAAGGCUACAGGGAGAGUGCUCUCAUGCAUCGCAUCAAGGCGAUCAAGCUGAUGAACAAGUUCUUGUCACGCCGAGAUCCGCCUACUGUCCCCAACAGAGAUGCCGCACUAGGAACUAUUCUCUGCCUGACAUAUCAGUCCGCCUAUAUCGCUGACGGCAUGACGGACUUCUUAAUUAUGAUCAGAGGCUGCUACAUUCUCGGGCCUGACAUGGGUGGGGAUUGGUCCACGUCGCUGUUCAACGGCUUUGUAAGGAAGACAUAUGUCAACACGGUUACAGAACUCAUGCCACCGCGGCAGCAGCCAGAGCCGCUAGAUGAGGCGGUGUUGAAGGGCUUCCUUGCCAGUGCUCGACGCGUCGCCACUCUUUGCCAAAGCCUUGCUGAGAUGGAAGUACUGGCUCUCGUCCAGGAGAUUGCAAUGCCGGCCGCGACUGACUUGGCUCACUGCUACCUCUUACAUUCUUACCUCUACGAGAAACUCGCACAGCUCACCACCGACGAGUUCAAUUCAUUCAUCGAUCCUCAGAACCACGUGUCUCGACUAGUCAUCAUGCACAUGCUCACGGUGGUGUUUGUCAUCAGCCGCAAGGAAGUCGGAGCAGCCAGUGCGGAUCACAGGAGUACGGCAACAGAUGGAAAGGGGGUCUACGCGUGCCGCAAGAGCAUGGCUGUUCAGUGGGUACAAAAGAUGAUCUCGGAGCUUGCGGACGAGUAUCGCCCGUAUUCAUUGUGGCUAGAAAGCUUUGUGAAUGGGUUGUCCUUCUCUUUCACUAAGCGGGAUGAGAUUUGGAAACCCUUUCUGCUGCACAAUGGCACAACGAUCGUGGCUAAGUUUGAGGGGCUUGGCCUCGGGUAG